AUGAUGGGCAUCGAUGAGAUAAACCACAAAGUUUUGGAGUAUGAAAAUUUCAUAGAGGAGAGGCUUAAACGUGAUUUGAAAGAUAUCGAAUUCAUUUUGCAAGAUAAAGUAACUAAAUAUAAAGAAUGGGAGGAGGUGAAACAGGUUACAAGAACAGUUAGAGAUUUUAAAGAAAAGAAACGUGAUAUGGCACUACGAAUAGAGGUUGGAAAUGGUAUAAUGACCUGCGGAGAAAUAUCAGAUUAUGAAAGAACUUACGUCUGCAUAGGAUUAGGCUAUAUGCUGGAAAUGGACUGUGAUGAAGCUGAAAAGUAUGCUGAUAUUAGACUUAAGAUACUAAAGAAAGAAAUUGAUCAUCUUAGAAACAUGGCAGUUGAAGUUAAGGUACAUAUUAAAAUGGUUUUGUUAGCCAUUAGUGAAUUGCAAGCAUCUGUGGGCCCCAGAGCCAAAACCUAG